AUGCCUGCUGGUAUACGCAUUGCGCCGAACAAGGCCACACGAGCUCUUAACCUUCUCCGCACCGUUCAAUAUACCCACCCGCCGUCAUGUCCGUGUCAUUCGAAUCCUGCACAUCACCAUCAUGGGGCAAUACAGGAGGCGAGAAGGUCUUUGGCAACGCCAGUUGAUUUCUCACAACAGAAGGAGUAUGCUUUCGAGAUGGCUGCUUCUAGCAUCCGCUUCGGACCUGGCUGCACCAAAGAAGUGGGCAUGGACUUCAAGAACAUGGGCGCCAAGAAAGUCAUGAUCGUGACAGACGGCAAUGUCAGGAAACUGACGGCUAUGAAGCAAUGUGUUGAGGGUUUAGAGCGUGAAGGCAUUGCGUAUGAGAUAUUCGAUAAAGUUAGGGUCGAACCGAAGGACAGCUCGAUUCGAGAAGCUAUAGACUACGCUAAACCGUACCAGCCCGACGCUUUUCUUGCCGUUGGUGGUGGCUCUGUCAUCGAUACUGCAAAACUCAUGAAUCUUUAUACAAGCUUUCCACAAGCCGACUUUCUCGAUUUCGUUAACGCACCCCUAGGAAAGGGCCUUCCGAUUACAAGCAAGCUAUUCCCCCUCGUCGCGGUCCCAACGACUGCUGGUACGGGGUCUGAGACGACCGGCACAGCGAUUUUUGAUCUUGUGUCGAAGAAAGCAAAGACCGGCAUUGCACACAGAAACCUAAAGCCUACCUUGGGCAUAUGUGAUCCACUAAACACUCGGACUAUGCCUUCAGCGGUGCACGCAUCAUCUGGUCUCGAUGUACUGUGCCAUUCGCUGGAGUCUUGGACGGCCAUCCCCUAUCACGAGCGAGUGCCACGACCUGCGAAUCCUAUUCUGCGCCCUGCAUACCAAGGAGCCAAUCCUAUCUCUGAUAUAUUCUCCCUUCAAGCUCUCCGAGACACCGUAAAGUAUCUCCCUCGCGCAGUUAAAGACCCCGAGGAUCAUGAAGCUCAGUCUAAGAUGCUUCUCGCUGCUACAUUAGCCGGUGUCGGGUUCGGAAAUGCUGGUGUGCAUCUGUGUCACGGCAUGUCGUAUCCCAUUUCAGGCCAGAACCCUGGAUACAAGCAUGCAGGUUAUCAGGUAGAGAAUUCAAUCAUUCCUCAUGGUGUCAGUGUAGCUGUCACGGCGCCGGCUGUUUUCAGGUUCACUGGAGCUUCAAACCCAGAGCGACAUCUUGCAGCCGCCGAAGUCUUCGGUAAAGAUAUCAGCAACGCGAAACUUGAGAGUGCAGGUGAGAUCUUAGGCGAAGCUCUCGCUGAAUUUCUCGUGAGUCUUGGUGAUCAACCACGCGGUUUAAAGUCACUUGGGUUCAACCGGUCUCACAUCGAUGGGCUUGUCGAGGGAACUUUACCGCAGGCCAGAGUUUUGAUGCUAGCUCCAAACUUGGAAAUGAGAGAUACCGACAUAGAGAGAGAGCAGCUACGUGGACUCUUCGAGGACGCUCUGGAAUACUGA